AUGAAUAGUGAGGUUGAUUUUCCUAUUUUUAUAGUCAUGCAUCUAGACUUUAGCUGUACAGCCGUUUGGUUCGCGGACCAUAACGUGCAUGAAUCACAGUUCAAGGGUAAAGAAUCAAAGGGCAAAGGGAAGUAUCAAAGGUCAAUCCAUGCUUAUGGCAAACCUCAAGGCUCAAAGGUGAAGUGUCAAAUGUCAUUGGGUGAAAGGAACCUGAACAUCUACACCUCGUUAAUAUCAAUGCAUAACCGCCGCCAAAUAUCGAGUAAUUUAAUCAGCGCCAGGGAGUCGCUGGCUGCUGGCAGCGACCAUAGAUAA